CUUUAAACCCCCCGCCCCCACCAGCCAAUCAGAGAGCAAACCAAAGAGCUAUGUACUGGUGUUGCUGGGUAGACAAAUCGAAAACGACGUAGUUCAAGUCAGAACAGCGGUGGACUACCGAUUGAUUUAGUUUUCACCAAUUUUUCUUUCGGCCUUCUAACACCUUUUGACUAUUGUCGGACAUGGCAACUGACUGCGAGGCCUGGCUCAACUCGAACCCCGUUGAGGCCGACAAUGUGAGUGACUCCGAAGACGAAAGCAACGAUGGCGUACCUAUAACCAACAAGAUCAUCAACAACGAGAUCAACGGCAAUUGGGUGUUGUCGUCGAGCAGCAGCAUCCAGGAAGCGCGACUCAAGGCCAAGGCUAAGCGGAGGCUCAGGAAGAACUCAUCUAGGGAUUCUGGCAGGGGGGACUCACUUAGUGAUAAUGGAGAUUUUGUCAGGGGGACAGCGGUGGCUCCCACCAGCCCCAAGAGCAAGCUGCUGGACAGGAGGUCCAGACUGGGCAAAGGCAGAGGUCUGCCAAAGAAAGGUGGGGCUGGAGGCAAGGGUGUUUGGGGAAGAUCCGGUGAGGUGUAUGAACCGGAGCAAGUAGAUGUGAAAGACCCAAACUAUGACGAAGCUCAGGAAAACUGUGUGUAUGAGACUGUGGUCCCUCCACUGGAUGAGAGGGACUUUGAGAAGACAGUCACCCCCAUCGUGCAGGAGUAUUUUGAACACGGAGACACAAAUGAAGUUGCGGAACUGCUUGCAGAUCUAAACCUGGGGCCCAUGAGAAGUGAAGUGCCCUCUCUAGCUGUAUCGUUAGCCCUGGAGGCCAAGGCAAGCCAGAGAGAGCUGACCUCCAGGCUGCUGGCUGAUCUCUGUGGGCCUGUCAUAUUCCGCAGUGAUUUGGAAAAAUCCUUUGAUAAACUCCUCCGAGAGCUUCCGGAUCUGGUGCUGGACACGCCUGGAGCGCCGCAGCUAAUUGGCCAAUUCAUCGCACGCGCCGUUUGUGACCAGAUAUUGUCAAAGAGCUACAUUGAGAGCUACAAAGGACGAGUUGGCUGUGAAUACACAAGGGCGGCUCUAGACCGGGCAGCUGUGCUUUUGAAGAUGAGUAACGGUGGGGUUCGUAUAGACAACCAAUGGGGUACAGGUGGAGGUCAGAGACCAGUCACACAGCUUGUCAAAGAGAUGAAUCUCCUGCUAAAGGAAUACAUCCUUUCCGGAGAUAGUAAAGAGGCAGAGAGGUGCCUAAAAGAAUUGGAGGUUCCACAUUUUCACCAUGAGUUUGUCUAUGAGGCUAUAGUAAUGGUAUUGGAGUCCAAGGGAGAGAAGACAUUCAAAAUGCUUCUGCCACUUCUUAAGUCACUCUCUGUGUCCUCCAUCAUCACUGUGGACCAAAUUAUAAGGGGCUAUGAAAGAGUUUAUAUGGACAUAGCUGAAAUUAACAUAGAUGUUCCUCGUGCGUAUUUCAUCCUUGAACAAUUCAUCGAAAAGAGCUUUGAUAUGGGAAUCAUUGAUGUAAAAUUAAGAGAUCUUUGUCCUAGUAGGGGCCGCAAGAGAUUUGUCAGCGAGGGAGACGGGGGUGUCAUCAAAACUGAAAGCUAAGGAGAGACACGCUUUGAAAUUUUCAUGACUUUUUUUUUUUUUUAACUUGGAUAUUUUUCGAUUUAAAGGUAAAAAAAUGUGACCUAUCACAGCAAAAUGGGUCAUGUUAACCCAUUUUUCAAAACUGUUUUGGCGUAUUAUAAAGCUUUCCUUUGACAUAGCAACCAUUUAGCUACGACGUUGCAUUUCCGAGAAAAUGCGACUUAUGUUGGGUGAUCCGCAACUAGCAUGUUAGGCUGCUAGCAAAAGGCUAAUUUUAUCACUGGAAAUAUUUACAUCUUUCCUGCCUUUGCAAAAGGGAAUGAUUGUUUUUUAGAUAAUUUCUGACAUCUUGGAGUAGCUUUUACAAAAGGCAAUUUCUGAACACUUCAUGGUGUUUAUGGAACAUUUAAAAAGGACAUUUUCGGCUCACAUCUCAUUUCUCUGCGUGACUUCCAAGUCAUUUUCCUAUGCUAGGUUACAAACGCACUUUUGAGACUGACGCUCUUUAAGUACUUCGUUCCCUUGUUUCAACAUAAAUAGUAACAAGCUAACCUUGAAAGUGCCACAACUCUGUGUCAGUCAUUCCAUGUUAUGAUGUUAAGUAUUGACAGAGUUCACUGCCACACCUUUUGUGUUUUAAGGAAGCAACCGUUUGUACACAUGACUGCUUUGUGUCAAAAGCUUUAUAAAGGUGUAAAGAAGAAAAGGGGAGGUGUUUUGUUCUAUGCCAUACAGCCCCCCGUUACUAGCUGCUCUUUCUAUGCCGUGUGACUCAUUUCUUUUAUUGAAGGUCAGGUUCUGGCAUUAGAGUGUUUAUUUUUAUAUCAAUGUGUGAUUUACUGUGUUUCUCCCUGUUUGUUCAUUAAAAGAACUAUGAAGAACGACUUUUUUUAUUGAGGCAUUAUGAAUAAUUUCAACAUAAAAGCUCUGCCUAUAACACUAAAACCAAUAAAUAUAAAUACUGAUCAGUCCAUCCAAGGUUUGCAAAGUAUUAUCA